UGGAGUCUGAGGAAGCAGUAGAGCUAACUGUGAACUCUCUUUUUGUUGAGUGGAAAUUAAAGUGAUUGAAUUAUCGAGAUUGACAGAUCAACCACUCUUGUCUUUUCCAAAUUAGUUCAAAUGAUGAUGGGGAUGACGAGCAAUCCUUCUUCGAGGAGUGAUGAUGAUCAGAUGAAUCAUGAAAUUAUGGUGGAUCAACCACUGUCCACUAACUCUACCUUAUCGAUCGAUAGCUUCGACUACAAUUAUUACGCUGAUGAAGAAUAUUUAUCCGAGAGAAGAAGGAAUAUUAGCACAAAGUGGGUGGAUUUCCAGUCGUAUUACUCGCUGCCAGCAACACCUACGGCCAGCGAUGACGAUGCUUACUAUGAAAACCCGAUUGUGCCAGUAGAAAAUGAUAUUACCACUCCAAGUAAUGGACGGAGAAGAAGGGGAAGAUGCAGACCCGGUACCGCGACUACUAUUAGUCGAUCAUGUGGAAAUACUGACGAAGAGAACGAGACACGAGGAGGAGAUUUGGUGGUGAUAACGAGGCCGAAAGGAGGGAGAAAGCCGAUAUGCAUGGACUUGGACGAAGUGAAGGCCUGUAGAGAUCUUGGCUUCGAACUGGAACAUGAUCCCCGCUUCUUCAAUACCAUGCCUAAUUUCUCCGCCACAAGCAACCCUGGUGAUGUCAAAGCACGACUCAAGAUUUGGGCCCAGGCAGUUGCGCUUGCAUCUUCUACGUCACGUCUCGGCUGCUAGUGCUAGUCUGCAGUCAUAUACCUGUGUCCCCUUCCCUUGUCCAUCAUUUUGUACUGACGUUUUUUUUUUCUCUUUUUUCAUACGAAAGUAAUUUUCUCACUUGUUUGUAAUGUAUAUAUCCAACUUCAUUUCUUUUAUA